UCGUAUUAUUAGCGAAUUCCAUUUCUUACUGGUGCCCAGUACGCCACAUAGUAGGUACCUUGUGGCAGCAAACUACUAGAUCCGACUGGAUAACUCCAGUCCUGUUCGUUACCGACCCGAAAUCUACGGGAUUAGGACCAACAACUCCUCAUCCUCCAACUCGCAACAAAGCAACAUUUCCCUCUAAGUACACUGAACUUUCGACAGGUUCUAGUAGCCAGUACGAGUUAUGGAUAGCAAGAUACCUUUUGACGAGCCUCCUCCCUAUUCAGCCACAUCAACUACUCCUCCAUAUUCAGAAGAGUCACUGUUGAACGCCUUGGCGUCUCAUCUACUUCACCAUAUCACACUUCUCCCCGAUCGGAUCCGAGAUACACAGCAGGUGUGGAGAGCAGAACAAUCGCUCAGCGAUGCAUUGCUUCUGGAUCAUAUCGUCCCCAUAGUGGAGCAGUUUUUGGCCGAACUAGGUGCUCAACGUAGUCCUGUCCAGUUGGCCACGCUCACCAUAGUCCCAGCGAACGCGAUACCUCGGGGUUCUACGAUCAGUAGCUUCGAAUAUAUGAAGCGUCGCGGAGAAGAAUGUCGAGUAGCCAGGCUCUCCAUGGAUAAAAUAAUGGAGAAAUCCAACUCUGCCACCAUUUCCACCAAUUAUCAACAUGUGAGCGAUGAUCCGAGCUGGGUCACAGGGCAGGAGUUCAACGACUGGGGGCGUUUUGAUCAGCCCAACUUCCUAACGGGAGACAAACCUAGCACGCUCUGGUGGAAAGAUGAGGAGAUGGCGCAACGUUUAGCAAGUUACCUACAGCCCAAAAGAGAACGGGUAGCAUCUAUGGAGCGCGAUUCAAUAUUUCAAACUGCAACAGGCCAAAUGGUACCAGCGAAGAAAGAGACCAGGAGUUGGGGCUGGGGCCGGACGAAAUAUGCAAGCAACCAAAAAUCCCAGGAGACGGCGACAACGUCAACACCCUCGAAUACUCUUGUCGAUGUAGAAAAAGGAGGAAUGGAUGGACAUGGUGCUGAGAUGGUGUUUACGGCUCAGGAAGUUGCAUUUCGUCAUGAAAAUGAAUUCGGUAUCUUGGAGAGCUUCCGCGGUUGGGGUAUCGUUCUAACUGUAAAGGUUAAGACUUGAUAUCCACUUCGUGUUGCAUUGAAUAAGAGACUUUGCUUCGUACUAAUCUCAUGGCUGAUAGUAUGUGGCUGAGGGGUAGAGGUGUGUGUAGGAGGG